GCUCUCCCCACGACUCCCGGGUGAUGUCUCCGUUCGCCGUUUGAAUCAAAAAUAUCGCUCUGUGAUUGUGAUUAUGUCCAGCUAAAACAUUCAAGACACCAACCCCUGUCCUCUCGACACCUUGACAGCUUCCGCGGAAGCGCAAGCUCCUCCGGUGUCUUUAACCGCAACCCAUCACCGGAUAUAUCGAAAGAAAACGACCCGAUUCUCAUAUAUCCACGCCUACCACAUUCAUAAUGUCCUCACACUACACCACCGAACCAGCGGCUACCGCAUCCGCCACGCUCAACACGACGUUCGGCCCUAUUCACAUCGCCCUUUUCGCAAACCAAACGCCCCUAACAUGCAAGAACUUCCUCCAACAUUGCAUGGACAACUACUACGCCGGAACCAUCUUCCACCGAAUUGACCCCGAUUUCAUCAUUCAGGGUGGUGACCCGACAGGUACAGGAUCAGGCGGAACUUCCAUCUACGAGUACCCCGAAUUCGAAUACGAUCCGGAAGCCCGUGACCCCAAUGAAAAAGUUGUCCUGCGAGAUGAACUUCACAGUCGAUUACGCUUCAACCGACGUGGGUUGGUUGGGAUGGCGAAGAGCGAGGAUGGCACGUACGGGAGUCAAUUCUUCAUCACGUUGGCGAACACGGAGCGCGAGUUGAACGGGCAGUGCACCAUGUUUGGGCGGAUUGAGGGCGACAGUAUCUAUAAUGUUUUGAAGAUCGCGGAGGCAGAACGUAUCGAGGGUACUGAGCGGCCUGUGUACCCGGUGAAAGUGACGUCUUGCGAACUUGGAGAACUGGGACCCCUCGCAGGGAAGCUCAAGAAGAGACAAAUCACGGCGACAGCAACCAAAACAGACGAGAAGCCGGCUCCAAAAAAGAAGAAGAAGAAUGCCAAGGGCGGCAAGACAUUGCUGAGUUUUGGAGGUGACGAAGGCGACGAGGAUAUGCCCAUACGACCAGCCAAGCCCAAGUUCAACCCCAACCUCGUCACCGACACCGAUAUUGACAUGUCGAAUGGAGCACCCCAAAAGGCACCGGAAACCAUCAAAAAGCCCGACUCCCAAACUCGAAAACGACCCCGCUCUCCCUCCCCAGAACGAGCUCCUUCCGUGGAGCGCAAACACCGUCCCAAGAGCCCAGACCCAGCAGCUCAGAUCCCAUUGCCUGAUCCCGAAUCUCCUGUGCGCUCACCAGAACCAUCCUCCUCGGCAAAACCAUCCAAGCUGUCACGAACAAACGAACAAAUCGAAUCCCUCAAAGCCUCAAUGCGACGCAACGUCACCACAGGCCCAGCAGAUACCGGAUCCAAGAAAUCCGCCCUGGAAGCCAUGAUCCCCGAAACCGCCAUCCGAGGACGCAAACGCACAGCAGGAAAAGCCAACAAUGCAAACGGCAUAACAGGCUUCAGCAGCUCAACCGAAGAUGACGCCUUGAAGAUGUUCAACGCCUUCAAAGCCAAACUCGAAAACGCAGACACAAAACCCUCCACUUCAACCACUACCAAUAGUAAAAACAACAACAGCAACGACAGCAAACCAACCAACCCAGCCCCAGAACAAGAGGACGAAGAAGCCCAACUCUGCGACCUCCACUUCAUCGCAAACUGCCAAUCGUGCCAAUCAUGGGAUGACCCCAACGCCUCAGCCACAGGCGACAAUUCCGCUUCUGGCGCCGCCACCAACGACCAAGGUGACGAGAACUGGCUAUCGCACGAACUCCGCUUCGGAAAAGAUACCCUGGGCAAAGAUCUCAAAUGGAAACGCGAACACCCCGACGAUGCAGAUUCAUUGGUCGUCAUUGACCCGCGGGAACGUGAGAAGGAGAUUGUCGGUGGUGGUCGACGGAGGGGACUGGAAAGAGAUCGUGAACGGGACCGAAAGCGUGAACGGGUUGGGGAGAAGGAGUGGGAUCGGGAGAAGAGGAAAUGAUUGACUGACUGAUUGAUUAAGUUGGUCAUAUAUAUUUCGAAAAUGAGGUUGAUAUAACCAGAUGAAAUCCAAAUCUACGUUAUAGAGAACUUGGAAUCAAGAUAAAAUAUCCAUUCUUGAGAAUAUGUAAUGUAUGCAAUCUGUUAUGCACGUCAUAUAUAGUAACAAGUAACAAGCAGACGCAAGCAUAUGCAAGUUGCAAGUCGAAUCUCAAUCUCAGUCUUGAAUAUGUACUUUAUUCAAUCAAUCCAAAAUCAAUAUC